GAUGUCGGUGAACGAGGAGCGCACUGUGACCAUACAGGACAUACUGGAAGACGAGGAGCUGCAAGAGGCUUAUGCAGUGUUGGCUGGAAGUGAUCCAGAUAAUUGUUCCUAUCCCCAGGUAAAGAUGCUGCCUGCCCCACAUCUGUAGUGUGUAUCGCCACAUCCAGAGAACUGCCACUGACCCCAGGUUCAGUGUGGCCUUUUGUGUCUUUUUUCUGUUACUAUGAUAUGUCAUCAGGGACCUCAACCAAUCGAGCCACGACCUGUUCUCCCCGCUUCCAUCACUCAGAUGCGGGCAGUACAGGAGCAUCAUGGCUAAAACUAACACACUGACAAAUAGCUUCUACCCCCAGACCAUCAAGCUGCUGAAUAGACACCACUAGUCCGCUACCUGCAACUCCUGCACCCUCCAUUUUAUUUUCUUCCCCCACCCUAAACUGACAAUUACCCUGCCCACACCCCAAUGGGCAUUUAUAUUUAUCAUUGUCACAGUUGUAAAUAUGUAUACAUUAUUUUUUAUUAUUAUAUCAUUCACACCUGCACUGUUGGAGCUCAGAGCUUAAGCAUUUCACAGUACACUGCAAUUACAUCUGUGACCCUGUGCGUGUGACUAAAUAAAAAAUACAAUAUCUAUUCUAUUGUGUUACAGGGAUACUUGAAGAGACAGGCUGUUUUUUCCUGCAGCACUUGCACACCCAUAGGGGUAGAACCUGCUGGGCUCUGCCUUGCCUGCACCAACCAUUGCCAUGAUGGGCAUGACAUAUUUGAGCUCUACACAAAAAGGUAUGAACCUGAUGCAAAGGGACGUUCACAAAUUCCAGGAGUACAAAUAACACUAGGGGUCAGGUAGCUGUUUACAUUUCCAUACUCAUUGUAGGACUUGUUGAGGUCUUGACGUUGCAUAUUCCUUAUUUGCUUCUAUUUGUUUGCAUGUAGGAAUUUCCGCUGUGAUUGUGGAAACAGCAAGUUUGGCGAGUUUAAGUGCCAGCUAAGUCCUGUAAGUGUCCUAAUGUCCUAUCUACCCCUCAGCCAUGUCAUCCUGACAGCUGAAAACAUUGUUGCUUGAUUUCCAUUGUUCCUUUUCCCUUUGCAGGGCAAAGACCAACAAAACACUAAAAACCAUUACAAUCACAACUUCCAUGGCUGUUACUGUACCUGUGACAGACCUUACCCAGACACUGACGAUCAGGUAUGGAUUUAAUUCCAGCAUUACGAAUCAUUCCCUUUCUCCAUAAAUUAAUACAUGUUUUAAUUCUGUCUGAAUCAUAGGCUUUGUUGAUAUGCUUGGUCUCUAGGAUUCAGUUCAUGUGUUGUUGAAAGAAUGAUGGAUAUGUCAUUCCUCAUCACAAAACACCCUCUCAUGCUUCCCUCCCCCCCACCCACCCAUAAGGUUAAUGAGGAUAUGAUUCAGUGCAUCAUCUGUGAGGACUGGUAUCAUCCCAGGGUAUGUAUUGGGGGCAACAUCAUGAUUGUUUUCAGGUGUCUUUCGAGAUCUAAACUAUGUUCGCUGGGAUAAUGGUUUUGAUACAAAGACAGGAAUGAUUACUCCUCCUUGACCAUGUGGGCAUUCUCUGUGACAGCACCUGGGUUGUACGGUGGAAGACUCGGAGGAACUGCAGGAGAUGGUGUGUGAGACCUGCAUGAACAAAGCCCCCUUCCUCUGGACAUACGCCGCCCACUUCGCAGGUGUGUUAUAUCCCUCCCACUGACGGAAGGAGGCAGCUAGGGAUCCAGAGCACUGGGCUUGGGUUACACCUCCCCCCACCAUAAAUGGGUACUACUUAUGAAAGUAAAUCUCUUCCCCCUUCGAACUAGCUAAAGAUGGGAGAUAUCAGUCUUCUUCAUCUAGGGAUAAUUUGGGUUAGGUUUUUAGUGCACAGACAGUGACAAUGAAUUGGACCUGAUCACUAUACAAUGUCAUACCCUUUAUGAACAUCCUGCAGUUAAAACAAUGGCAAUGUAUGUUGUUUUUUUCUGCCAAGAACCUCCCGUGGUCAAAGUGAGCCCCUGUAAAGAGGAGGUUGAAGUGAACGUGGAGGAAGAUAAGGAGCCAGAGGAGAAGAGGGAUGAGCCCUGUAAGAACGGGGGCGAGGGGUCCUCCACCAGCCCCAGCUGUCAGAAACAGGAGAAGGUAAGGAGAGCCAAGCUUUGACUUCUACAAUUGCGUUUGAAACCCAGACUCCUAAGUGCAUGACUCACCACUUGCACCAAGCAAAUGGGAAUGACAUCAGGGUGAGGAGAGGAACUCUCUCUGUACUGUUGGCUGUGUUUCCAUUGAAGGCAGACAUAAACACCCAUCUAUACUUAAGCAGACAUUUGGUUAACACUGCCUGCUAAACCAAUUCAUACAUUCUUCAAGAGUCAUCCACUCAGCUAUUUGGUGUGAUUUGCAGUGCAUGUCACCUGACUCUCAGCAGAUGGCAGUGGAGGGUAAUGUAUUGGGCGGAUGCAGACAGUGGACUCCUGUUCCUGUUGUGCUGCCCUCUCCUCUGGGUAAUUAGGGAAGAAAUUAUCCAUGGGACACAGAUUCCCCUGCUCUGGGGACUGGCUUGGCCAGGCUUCACAGCUCAGCUUACUGUAAACAAGACUGAUUUCAUCAGCCCACCCUCUCAUCGUGUCAACUCCUAUUAGAGAGCUUGUGUGUCACCAGAGUGUCGCCUCCACGGGGGAUCGGUCCCUCUCUUCCUCCUCGUUCUCCAGUAACACAAUCCUGAAAAGCCUAAAAUGUAAUGCAUGUUUUCUCCCUUGCUGUCUUCUGUCCAGAAGCAGGCUAUAAAUGGGAGGACUGCCUGCAAACGGACUCACCAGGAGAUGACAGGCCUUCCUGUGAAGAGCCAGGCCAAGACUGUGUACUGCAGGCUGAGGGAGCUGAAGACCCAGGGCCUGGAGAGAGCUAGGGAAGGGGCUGUGUUCUGGCCUUACCACUGGAGAGCCAAGCUGUGCACCUGCGUCAGCUGCAAGGUGGGUCACUAAAGAUGCUUCUCUCUUGACUGUUUUUUGCCGUGACUGAUUUCAAAAACAGUGCAGCCACUGUUUUUAGCUAUUUGAUGUGGAACAAAUAGAUUGCUGUAGCUAACUGUUUCAUUGAGUUGUAUUUGAGGUAGUUAUAGACUUUACUGACCGUUCAGCACAUUGUAGUGUCAGCCCUUUGGAUUGGAUAAAGAGCUGUUUUCAUUGUAUGUUUGGUGUUUCUGCUCAGAGGGCCUACGUCGAUGCGGGAGUGCAGUUCCUGCUGGAUGAGUCAGACACUGUCCUGGCCUACGAGAACAGAGGCACUAUAGAGCAAGGAACUGCUAGUCUCGACAGUCUACUCAUGUCAGGCCUGAGUACUCUGGACCGUGUGCAGCAACUGGAGAUAGUUUACCGUAAGGAUGGGGACCAUCUUUUUCAUUCCUUUUGUUUGGCAGUUAUUAACUGUAGAUGUAACCUAACACGGUGGGUUUCUAACCAUUUGAUGAAGUAAAAUGUUCCUUCAUUCAGAGUUCAAUGAGAUGCAGACUGAACUGAUGGCGUUCCUACGGCAGAUUGCUGAUGAAGGAAAGGUGAGGAUCUGUAUGUUUGUUUGCAGAGGACAAAAUGUCUGGCGGUAAUUCCAGAAUGUUUCCAAUAAUUCUGAGAGCACAUGAACCCAGCAUAGGAAACCAAUAUAAUUUAUGAGCAGCAGUCCAUAGGUUACUUGUCACGUCAGCUCUUGCUUGAUUGUCAUUGAUCUGCUUGGGCCCAAACAAUAGCUGAAAAGCCGAACAAGCACUGCUGACAAGUACUUUGGUCAUUUACCUCUAACCUCGAUUGAACCACUCCUCCCCUCUCCCUCAGGUUGUCACAGCAGAGGCCAUCCACCAGUUCUUUGGGGAGCUGAUGUCCAGGAAGAGGCGGCAGAUGAACAGCUGAUGUCAUUCUGCCCCUCAGUGUCCUGUUGUCUACUUGUUUUUUAAUGUUACUUUGGGGUCAUAGCAAAACAACAAUUCUAUGUCCCUCAAACACCUUCUGCUUUAAAUAAAAGUGCUGCUAUAAAAUAUGCUGUUACUGAGGUUUGAAGUUGAAUAAUUUGCUAAAAGGUUGUUCUUGAAUGGGUCUCCAUGGAUUUCAAAUGGUGUUCCUUGUCUUGUGAGAAGCUGAACGACCGUGCAAGUUAGCAUGCUGUCAGCGGGCUUGGAGAGUAGCUGAUGGAAUUUAGUCAUUUUAAUCAUGGACUUAAGACUUAAUGUACCUAAUAACACAAAGUUUUCAUUAGACUUUCAUAAUGUGACACCCGAUGAGGAUGCACUGCCAUUCAUAUUGAAACGUAACCAUUUGAUGGUGUCACUGGUAUUCCU